GUUGGGUACAAGCGACGCUGGGGUGAUAGGCGGAGUCAACAGGUUCGCCAGAGACCGAUGAGUAUUUACAAGGGGGCGGGGCGAAAGCGACUUGCCCUCAAAGGGGCGGAACCCCGAGGGCCGGCGUGCGUCUACGGGACCCGGCCAGGGUGAGGAUCCUUAGGUUCCCAAGUUGAGGAGAGGAAGCGGCAGAGAGAGGAGGAUGCUGGUGGUGGAGGUGGCGAACGGCCGCUCCCUGGUGUGGGGAGCCGAGGCGGUGCAGGCCCUCCGGGAGCGCCUGGGUGUGGGGGGCCGCACGGUAGGCGCCCUGCCCCGCGGGCCCCGCCAGAACUCGCGCCUGGGCCUCCCGCUGCUGCUGAUGCCCGAAGAGGCGCGGCUCUUGGCCGAGAUCGGCGCCGUGACUCUGGUCAGCGCCCCGCGCCCAGACCCUCGGCACCACAGCCUGGCCCUGACAUCCUUCAAGCGCCAGCAAGAGGAGAGCUUCCAGGAGCAGAGCGCCUUGGCAGCUGAGGCCCGGGAGACCCGUCGUCAGGAGCUCCUGGAGAAGAUUACGGAGGGCCAGGCUGCUAAGAAGCAGAAACUAGAACAGGCUUCAGGGGCCAGCUCGAGCCAGGCUGCCAAAGAGGAUGAGACCAGUGAUGGCCAGGCUUCGGGAGAGCAGGAGGAAGCCGGCCCCUCCUCUUCCCAAGCAGGACCCUCAAAUGGGGUAGCCCCCUUGCCCAGAUCUGCUCUCCUUGUCCAGCUGGCCACUGCCAGGCCUCGACCGGUCAAGGCCAGGCCCCUGGACUGGCGUGUCCAGUCUAAAGACUGGCCCCACGCUGGCCGCCCUGCCCACGAGCUGCGCUACAGCAUCUACAGAGACCUGUGGGAGCGAGGCUUCUUCCUCAGUGCGGCUGGCAAGUUCGGAGGUGACUUCCUGGUCUAUCCUGGUGACCCCCUCCGCUUCCACGCCCAUUACAUCGCUCAGUGCUGGGCCCCCGAGGACCCCAUCCCACUCCAAGACCUGGUUGCUGCUGGGCGCCUUGGAACCAGCGUCAGAAAGACCCUGCUCCUCUGUUCUCCGCAGCCUGAUGGUAAGGUGGUCUACACCUCCCUGCAAUGGGCCAGCCUGCAGUGAGCUCCAGAGACCUAGGGGGAUGUGGCUGUGUCUGCAGCAAGAGCCUUUCUGGAGGUUCCCCAGCUUUUCUCUGGGAGCCUAGAACAUCCUACCUUUCUCCGUGGUUAGUUUUUGAUUCCAGGUUUUCGAACACUACGUCCUUUUUAUGUUCUUCCUUGUUUCAAAGCACUUAUUGGCUGUGUUUUUGUAGUUCCCUGUUUUCACACCGUGAGCUUCCCGAGAAUGGGGUUUGAUUCAUCUGUUUUCUGCAGGGUUUAAAUCUCAGGAGGUCUCAAUAAACUUGUUAUAUAAAUGUU